UAAAGUGCCCCGUUUCAGCUGUGCCUUAGAGAUGCAUUCAUCCAUAGCUGCCUGCAAAGGGAAAGAAAAAAGCAGGGACUCCUUAUUCAGAAGGAAGUGUUCCCUUUUCCUCUGGCCCCUCCUCUCACUUGCCUUGUCCUUGAGUACUCCUUAUUCCCAGCCGUUAUGUGGAAGCACAGUCCUAUCGUAAGGUGCCGUCCUUCAGGCCAGCUAUAAAGAUGCUCUGGGAUGCAGCAUUCUCCCAGAAGCAGCCCUGCUCCUGCAUCAUGCUGCAGGCCACCAUCAAGCUGUGCUGCGGCAUUGCCCAUGACCACCUCCGCCACCUGCCCGGGUUGAAGACAACAGCCAUUGCAGCAAUACAGAGGGACACAACAGCACUGAUGGUAAGAGGGUCCCACCACCUGUCUUCCAAAAUUCCUUCUUAUAUUCAGAGGCUGAUGGGGAAGGAGACAGCCUGCACUGAGCUGGUUGGAGACACCAGCCCCAGCCAGUUCUCCAGUGUGGACCUCUCCUACAUCACCCAGGGAGAAGCAGCCCUGCAGCAAGCACUGAGCAUCCUGCAGCAGCACACCAGCUGGCAGGCAGAAAUGAUACUGGACAAUGGGGCCACCAUGUCCAGCGCUGCCCUCCCUGGGCUGGGCAAGGUGUUUCGAGCUGAAGUGGUCCUGCCUAUGCCGGUGGCACAGCUGCACCGGGAGCUGUUUGAGAGGAUUGAGCAAAUGCCCCAGUGGAACCCAGCCAUCAGUGCGGUAAAGGUGCUGCAGCGCAUUGGGACAGACACACUGGUGACACACGAAGUCACCGCUCCCAGCCCAGGCAACCUGGUGGGCCAGCGGGAUUUCGUCAGUGUGCGGCACCGCGGGAGGAAGGAGACGGCCGUCUACCUGGUGGGCACUGCCACCCACAUCGAGAAGCUGCCCCUACAGGAAGGGUGCAUCAGGGCCGAGUCCCAGCUGAGCUGCAUAGUUCUGCAGCCACUGGCAGGGGACCCCAGUCGUACCCGCUUCACCUGGCUCCUGAACAUGGACCUGAAGGGCUGGAUUCCCAAGUCUGUCAUUAACCAUGUCCUGCCGCAGUCCCAAGCAGACUUCAUCAAGCACCUUGGCCGGCACCUCUCUACCACUGCAUGCCCUUGAGUUGCAGAAGGAUGCACUCUGUCCAACCACAAGGAACACUGACUGAGCAGGAGACCCAUUCUUGUCCUGCUCAUUGCUGCCGCAAUCAAGGAUCCACAGCUACCAGCAAUGGGGUGAGAGUG